CACCGUUUUGCGUCAUGACGCACGGCGCAGCGGAAUUACGUCAACUACAGUCGACGGCGCUGCUCUUUAUUGUGUUUACUAGCCGUCCGGAUCGUCCAAAGAUGGAUCAAAUAUGUAUUAGGAAAUGACUGAUGUAGUUCUUUAUAACAUUUAAGGACUGGUCUGUGGUUUAGCGGAGAGAUUUGGCGACUCUGAUUUCUGCAAAAAUGAACAAAGGUUGGCUGGAGUUAGAAAGUGACCCGGGGUUGUUCACACUCUUGUUGGAGGACUUUGGUGUGAAGGGCGUUCAGGUGGAGGAAAUCUAUGAUCUUCAGAGCAAAUGUCAAAGUCCUGUCUAUGGCUUCAUCUUCCUCUUCAAGUGGAUCGAGGAGCGAAGAUCUCGGCGUAAAGUCUCCACGCUGGUGGAUGAAACCUCAGUUAUCGAUGACGAGAUUGUUAACGACAUGUUUUUUGCUCACCAAUUAAUACCGAACUCCUGUGCCACCCACGCUCUUCUGAGUGUGCUUCUGAACUGCAGCGGCGUGGAGCUGGGAAUGACUCUGAGCCGAAUGAAGGCUUUCACCAAGGGCUUCAGUCCUGAGAGUAAAGGUUACGCCAUUGGAAACGCUCCUGAGCUGGCAAAAGCACACAACAGCCAUGCCAGACCGGAGCCGCGGCACCUGCCAGAGAAACAGAACGGCAUCAGCGCCGUGCGGACGAUGGAGGCUUUUCACUUCGUUAGUUACGUGCCAAUCAAAGACCGGCUGUUUGAGCUGGACGGUCUGAAGGCAUAUCCCAUCGACCACGGGCCGUGGAGUGAGGAUGAAGAGUGGACGGAUAAAGCCAGACGGGUCAUAAUGGAGCGAAUAGGACUGGCCACUGCUGGAGAGCCCUACCAUGACAUCCGGUUCAAUCUUAUGGCGGUGGUUCCAGAUCGCAGGAUAAAAUACGAGUCCAAGCUGGAGAUCCUGAAACGGAACAGGCAGAUCAUUCUGGAAGGGCUCCAGCAGGUUAGAGAGAAAAAAGUAAUUCGGAUGACCCAACAAGAUUCAGGCCAGGAUCGAAAGCAACAAGACUCCUCCUCCUCAGAAGACAUGCCUCCUGCUGUGAAAAAGGAGGAGGGGCAAGAUACGCCGAUAACUUUGUGUACAGAGCAGGCCACACCCACAGAAACUCAGGAAGCUCUCCCAAGUACCGCUGGAAAAGUCAGACCCAUGGCUAAACCUGUCACCUUGCCAACAGGGGGCGCUCCGCCACCAGCCCCUCUACCUGUUCCCAGCCCCAAUCCCAUCGUCCAGCGUCUGCCAGCCUUCCUGGACAACCACAACUACGCUAAGUCCCCCAUGCAGGAAGAGGAGGAUCUUGCUGCGGGUGUGGGUCGCUCACGCCUACCUGGCCCGCCUCAGCCCCCUUAUUCUGAUGAUGAGGAUUACUAUGAUGAUGAAGAGGAGGAGUGCAGCACUGCAGGUGCCACAAGCAGUAGGGUCCGAAGAAAGGUUGGUCUACGUGCACGUACCAUGGGCCGCAGUGGAGUGGGUGCGGUUGCGGCAAUGGAGGGUCAGCUAGCACUCAGUGUUUUAGCUGAGAAACUCAAGAAGGAAGUCCAAAGGAAGGACUCCAUGGCUACAACGGGUUCCACACCUCUGAAUGUACGCACCGAGGGUCGCACGGGUGGGAUCAGCAUCACCUCGGCCUGCCAGCCAUCGCCCACACCCAGUAACGAAAGCACGGAUACGGCCUCAGAAAUCGGCAGCGCGUUCAACUCACCACUCCGCUCGCCUGCAAGAUCACAAGCAACUACGCGCCCCUCCAGCCCUGUGGUGCCCCACUUGAGUCGUGUGCUGUUUGGAGAAGAAGAGGGGCCGCUCAGGUUAGACGCCCGACACAAUCGAGCCAUCCGGGACUUGGGGGCGCUAGUGAGCUCCACGAUGCUGCGACUGCAAGAGGAUGGAGUCAUGUACGCCUUGCCAGCUACAGAAACAUUGGAAGGGUUAAAGAAAGCGGGUGGUGUGGAGAAGAAAGAGAAAGAAGAGACGACCGGCCCAGGAGGACAGGAGGAAGUGAAGGAAGGAACAUCAGUGGAGAUGAAACAGGAGGAUGUGAAAGAGUCAGUGGACGUCAAACCGGACAAGGAGAACCUGCCGUCUACCGCCGCUGAGACCAGCACCAAACCUCCUGGAGAAAAAUACACUCCUAAAGAGUUGCUGGCCUUGUUGAAGUACGUGGAAGCUGACAUUGCCAACUAUGAAGUGUGUUUAAAAGAAGAAGUGGAGAAAAGGAAAAAGUAUAAGAUCGAUGACCAAAGGAGGACUCAUAACUAUGAUGAAUUCAUCUGCACCUUCAUAUCAAUGCUAGCACAAGAAGGUAUGUUAGCGAGUCUGGUGGAGCAGAACAUCUCUGUGCGUCGCAGACAGGGCGUAAGCAUUGGCCGGCUCCACAAACAACGCAAACCUGACCGGCGGAAGCGUUCACGACCAUACAAAGCCAAACGCCAAUAAAUGCUAAAAAAGAACCUAAUGGCAGAAACUCGACAACUCAAUCUUUCUGAAACAUUGUCCAGAGACAUUUCUGAAGAUGAACAACGAUACCAAACACCUCAUUGACAGUGUUAGAUAUUGAUUAAAAUAUUGUUUUUUUUUAGUCAAGCUUUGUUUCACAUAAUAAACUGCCCAUGUAAAAGUACAUCACCAAUUCCAAAGCAAAUUGGUGAUGCUCAGAAGAUGUUUAGAGAUACUGAACCAUUUUUCAUGUUGCCAUUACUUCAUGUACUGUAUCAAGCUAAUCAUAAAACCAACAAUCAUUGGAGCACCAUAUUGGGAAAAUGACUGAGUAUCUUGACUGAGUAUUGGGCUGGACUGAUUCAGGCUCUAAAUUACAAAGAUUCCAAGGACUCUCCAGAAAUCCCAAAUAUCUAGUCAAGGUGCUACCAAAGAUAAUGGUGCUCCAAAUUCACUCAAACAGUGCAGGGUUUGUCUGUUGUUAACAAAUGGACCAAUUGCCAAUCUGGAUGGGACUCUAGAGAUGUGCUUUUCAAAGUCUACAGCCGUUUUGGUCAUAAGAGUAAUAGACAAAAAGAAUCCAAGAUGUUUUAAGACUGUAAACUUGAGUUGGUUUGUGAAUGUGUAUUGGUUAAUUUCAUACAAAUCAUCUCUGCAAGAGUUAAAUAAUGCGGAGUUCACACUGCACGAUUUUAGCCCGAUUUUUCACUAGCAAACAGGUUUUGAUAAAUCGCCGACAAAUGCCCGAAAUCGGAGGCAAAUCGGUGCUCGUUCACGCGAGUGACAGUCGCAUAGUGUGAAUGAUCAAAGACGCGAUCUGAGAGAAUCGCCGAUGCGUCGCCGACGCUCGCGAAAUAUCUGUAGCUGUCAGCGAUUCACAAUCCUGCUGUGUGAAUGAGUUCUGACUGAAAAAUACAUCGGCGAUGACCUACAGCCAAUGAGAGAGCAAGAUACAGGGCAGAGGGAAGUUCGGGGAGGACUUUAUUUAUUUAUGUUUUUUUACAAAGCAAUUAGCCUUUUACAAACAAUGUGCCUACAUUUUUGCAUUAGAAUAUACAAAACAGGUAGGCUACAUGAAGAUGAAGAAGGGGCUAGGGUUUUUCCUGUAAAUAAUAUUCUUCUAUAAAGGACAAAAGAUUUAUUGCAUUUUUCUUUUUCAUCACUUUGAGGGCUUUUAUAUCCUAUAAGAAAUAAACUCAUUAUUAAAAUGCACAAAACGUUGGUUUCACUUUCAAGUAGAUUUGUGUAUAUAAAAAUUUCCCAGCAGAAGUAUGUUUGUUUAAGUCAUCUUUGUUAAUUAUUGUGUGUUUGUGGAGGACUUGUAGACCAUAAUAUCAGCGUGAUCUUGCGUUAUUACCUCGCGUGCGUUUGGCUGUAGUUUGCAGACCAGACAGAGACAGAGUUGUCAAGUUAUAAAGUCAUGCAGCGUGUAACACCUGUCGCCAAUCCAUCGUGCAAUGUGAACACAGCAGCGACUGCUACCCCAGAUAGUCGUGCGGUGUGAAAACAACGGUGACUUUGAAAGUCAUGCAGUGUGAAUUCGGCAUUACUUGUUCUUCACAAUUUUCUUGAUGAUUGUUUUUAUUGGUAUGGAAUAGGCCAGUGGGUUUUGUCUCAGACAUGUUCUGUUUGUUUGCACAUUUGUGUAUUAUUUGAUGUCUACACAGGACUGUCCGAUCCAGACAUUAAAGCAAAUGUUUC